CCCACUGCAUUUUCCCUUCAAUUAUUGACAAGCCCUCACCCACACCACCACACCCACAACCCAGAAGGCCAGAAUUUCUCCAACACAGCUUCUAAGAAAAAAAGUUAAAAAAAGAAAAAAAAAACUAAUAAUAAUAAAUCAAGAAACAGGAAAACACAAACUGUCCUUCCUUCUUUUUCAUGGAGCACCCACCACCAACCAUCUUCGUUUCCCCUGAACCCCCACCCUUCCCUGCACCUCCCAGAAGCGUAGAUUUAUCUCCUCUAGAGUUCAUUCUUGGCAUCAUCGCUGUUAUCACCAUCCCUGCCUUGAUCUACACCUUCUUUUUCUCUAUCAAGUGCCCUCCUAGUCCUUUCAGGAGGCGCCGCAGGAGCAAUUCCGGGGAAUUUCCCGUCAUCGACGAGAACCCAGCUGAGAAAAAAGAAGUGGUUUCUGGUGUCAAGUAUCAGAAGGAGACCCAUGUGAAGGAUAUUGGGAGUGAGUGUCCAGUGUGCCUUUCUGUUUUCGCUGAUGGGGAAGAAGUGAAGCAAUUGAGUGUGUGCAAGCAUAGCUUUCAUGCUUCUUGUAUCAAUUUGUGGCUGAAUUCUCAUUCUAAUUGUCCUGUUUGUCGAGCUUCUGUACCUGCCAAGCGUCCUAAUAAUGGGACGGCGACGGCGGCUUCCUCCGUUGAUCUCCACCAAGGUUUGCCGGAUGCUAACUCUAUGGUUUGAGUACAAGAUCUAGCUUCUUGCUUUAGCUAUGGCGUAUUUAAUUUUGGUAGCUCUUGUUCAGUUCCUGUUUGUUUUUUUGCCCACAAGGAAAGAAAAUCAAUCUUGAUGAGAAUUGCAUCUGCAAGAAAUCAAUUCUUUGCUUUCUAGCAAUCCACUGCCUGUGAAUUGUGACUGGUUAGAUUAGAAUUCAAAAGGCUUUUCCUAAAUGACUCCAAUGGAGCAGGAGGUAGAUGGAAUUUGAUACUUUUUUAGAUCUCUACCAUCAAUGGAAAUGAUAAAAUAUUAGUAUUUGUAGCA